AUGGUGGCCCCAAGUAACAACACAAAUGGCAACGUUGAUCAUGCUACGCCUCGCACUCUUGUUGGCAAAGUAGCCCUUGUCACCGGAGGUGGACGCGGUAUUGGCGCUGGUAUCGCCCUUGAACUUGCCAAAAGAGGCGCAUAUGUAGCUAUCAAUUACUCGUCCAGUGCAAGCUCUGCGAACCAAGUCAUUCAAUCCAUUGAGGCCGAGGGCUCUCGCGGCGCUGCUUUCCAAGCCGACAUCACCAAAAUCGAUGAAAUCGAGAACUUGUUCAGCAGUGUGCAGAGAUACUUUGGACGAAUUGACAUCGUUGUCUCUAAUGCAGGUGUCGAAAAGUUCAAACCCCUAAGCGAAACAACCUUGGAAGAUUUCAACGAAGUUUUCAACAUCAACACCCGCGGUCAGUUUUUUGUCACCAAAACUGCCCACAAGUACAUUCAGGAGGGCGGCCGUGUGAUUUUGAUGUCUUCCAUUGCUGCCGGUGUCAGUGUCCCCGGUCAUGCUCUGUACGCCGGUAGCAAGUCGGCAGUCGAAGGCUUCACACGCUGUUUCUCUGCUGAUUUCAGCGAGAAGCGUUGCACUGUGAACGCUAUUGCACCGGCUGGCAUCAAGAGCGAUAUGUGGUUGGCGAACUCUUGGCGAUAUGCUCCUGGUUGUGAUAAAACGUCCUCGCUAGAGGAAAUCGAAGCGGCUUUGGCGAACGGCAGUCCCCUGAAGAGAUGUGGUGUUCCCGCCGACAUUGGUCGGGUUGUUUCUUUCCUAGCCAGCCAGGAUGGUGAAUGGAUCAAUGGACAAAUCAUUCCAGUUAACGGAGGGGCCAACAUUUGA